UUGGGUUCCUUUUAGCGUUGACACACGGUUUCAAGAAAACGACGAACUGAUUCUCGGUUUGGUUGGUGAGAAAAUUUUGUCCCAAGUAGAGGUUUAUCGGCAGCUACUCAUCCUGGCAUCUAGGUUUUGUGCUCUGUUGAUCCUGAUUAGUACAUGAUCCCGCUGGUUGCUGAGGAAAUAUAUGGCUUGGUCUGGGGUCUUGUUGAUUGUGAGGGCACUUGUUCUUCUGCAAUUGAUUCCUGGAAUUCUGAGUUGGGGAAAGGAAGGACACUAUGCAGUUUGUAAAAUAGCUGAGGGGUUCCUUUCUGAAGAUGCAUUAGGAGCAGUGAAAGCAUUGCUUCCAGAUUAUGCUGAAGGUGAUCUGGCUGCGGUUUGCUCCUGGGCUGAUGAGAUUCGUCACAACUUCCAUUGGCGAUGGAGUGGCCCUUUACAUUAUGUAGAUACGCCAGAUUACAGGUGUAACUAUGAAUACUGCAGAGACUGCCAUGACUUCAGAGGACACAAAGAUAUAUGUGUAACUGGAGCAAUUUACAAUUACACAAAGCAACUCACUUCUGGUUAUCACAAUUCAGGUUCAGAAAUAAGAUACAAUUUGACAGAGGCACUCAUGUUCUUAUCACAUUUUAUUGGGGAUGUCCAUCAGCCCCUACAUGUUGGUUUUACUGGAGAUGAAGGUGGGAACACAAUAAUAGUCCGUUGGUACCGGAGGAAGACUAAUUUGCAUCAUAUAUGGGAUAACAUGAUCAUUGAUUCCGCCCUGAAGACAUAUUACAAUUCAGAUCUUGCAAUCAUGAUACAAGCCAUUCAAAGAAAUAUUACGGGUGAUUGGUCCUUUGAUAUCUCAUCAUGGAAAAAUUGUGCAUCUGAUGAUACGGCUUGUCCAAACCUGUAUGCUUCUGAAAGCAUUAGUUUAGCUUGCAAGUUUGCUUACAGAAAUGCCACACCAGGAAGCACUCUAGGAGAUGAUUACUUCCUGUCUCGGCUACCAAUUGUGGAGAAGAGGCUAGCCCAAGGUGGGAUCCGCCUGGCUGCCACCCUUAACCGUAUCUUUGCUUCUCAACCAAAAAUCUCUCUCAAGCAUGAAGAUAAAAGGGUAGAGAAAACAACUCCAGUGGAUUAUAUAGAGUGGAGCCCACUGCAACAAUUUUCAUAACUUGAACUUCGUCAUACUGCAAUCUUCAUCUACCAUUUAGUUAACUUUAAGGCAAGCCAACAAGUGUAUAUUGUGUUUACUAUGUCACACUAUUCCUUUUUUAUCAGUUGCUUUGCCCAUCAUCUUCUCUUGCUUGUAUUAGACGUUGGGGGUUUGGGGCACCCAAAAAUGCGGAAUGUGAAACUUGCACUCAAAAAGGACCUUAUGUGAGCAUUGUAUAUAUAUAUAACCACUCAUUGGUCA